AUGCCGGCUGCUGCAAUCAACACUGCCGAGACCCCGGUGCCGGCCGCCCUGGAGGCUGCCGCCGUGGUCGAGCAGGCGCCCAAGGUGGAGUUUGACCCCGUCGUGCUCAAGGCGAAGUAUCUCCAGGAGAGGGAUAUCCGUAUUGCACGGGGUGGUGGGACUACGCAGUACACAUUCCUCGACGGAGACUCGUCCAAGUACUUGAAGGACCCGUGGACGGGCAAUGAUACGCAGAGGGAGCCGCUCGUGGAAGAGACGGAGGUGGUGAUUGUGGGAGCGGGAUAUGGUGCUCAACUCAUCGCCACUGAGCUGCAGAAGGUCGGUGUGACUGACUUCCGAAUGAUUGACAAGGCGGGCGACUUUGGCGGCACUUGGUACUGGAACCGCUACCCCGGCGCCCAGUGCGACAUUGAGUCGUACAUUUACAUGCCCCUGCUCGAAGAAACCGGCUACAUGCCAUCGGAGAAGUAUGCCCACCAGGAUGAGCUACUAGAACACGCCCAACGCAUCGGCAAGCACUUCGGUCUCUAUGAGCGGGCGCUCUUCGAGACAGAGGUCAAGGAGAUGCGCUGGAACGAGGAUGCGAGCACCUGGCUCACCACGACAUCCCGCGGCGACAAGAUCACCAGCCGCUUCGUCAUCCCCGCCGCGGGGCCCCUCCACAAGCCUAAGCUUCCGGGCAUCAAGGGCCUCGACUCGUUCCAAGGCCACACCUUCCACACGUCGCGUUGGGACUUUGCCUACACCGGCGGUGACGUCCGGGGUGGUCUUGAAAACCUCAAAGAUAAGCGCGUCGCCAUUAUCGGCACAGGCGCGACAUCCGUGCAGAUUGUCCCGCGCGUGGGCGAGUUCGCAAAGGAGCUGUACGUCUUCCAGCGCACGCCAUCGUCCAUCGAUGUGCGCAACAAUCAAGACACCGACGCAGCGUGGUUCCAGGGCCUGCAGCCCGGCUGGCAGAAAGCCCGCAUGCAGAACUUCAACCGCCUCAUCAACGGGGCCGAGCGCGAUGUCGAUCUCGUAAACGACAGCUGGACGUCCGUAGGGCGCCUGCUUAUGAAGGACCCGCUCGACUGGUCCGACCCCGUGGCUGCGGGCACGCGCUUCCAGAUGAUUGACUUCGAGAAGAUGGAGGAGGUGCGUAAUCGCGCGUCCGCUAUUGUCCAGGACCAGAAGACAGCGGAGAGCCUCAAGGCGUACUACAACCGCUUCUGCAAGCGGCCCUGCUUCCACGACGAGUACCUGCAGACUUUUAACCGGCCUUCCGUUCACCUCAUCGACACGCGUGGCGCGGGCGUCGAUGCACUCACCCCCACCGCCAUUGUUGCGGGCGGGAAGUCGUACGACGUCGACGCAGUCAUCUUUUCCACGGGCUUCGAGACGAGCAACGACUGGAGCCACAAGACGGGUAUCAGCAUGCACGGCCGCUCCUCGACUAUCACGGAGAAGUGGAAAAACGGUCUGUCGACGCUGCACGGCUAUGCCACCCGCGGCUUCCCCAACGCCUUCUUCGUCCAGUACUUCCAGGCCGCGCUAACCUUCAAUCUUAUGCACGUGACGGGCGAGCAAGCGCAGCACUUCGCGCACAUUAUAUCCACCGCCAAGGCCCAAGGAAUUCGCACCGUGGAGCCGACACAAGAAGCGGAAGACGGAUGGGUGCAGACAAUUGUCCAAGGCGCCGCGGGUAUGGCGGGCUUCUUUGGAGAUUGCACGCCGGGGUACUACAACAAUGAGGGAACGGUGAGCGAGGCCGGAGCACGUAUGGCGGGAUACCCUGCUGGGGCGGACGCAUUCUUCCAAUUACUGGCGGACUGGAGAGCGGAUGGAACCUUCGCUGGGCUCGAGGUGAAGCAGUGGGAUGAUGCGCCGUAG